AUGACGUAUUGGCCCAUCUCCACGCCCUCCGUGUUUGCGGCCACCAAGGAGACGAGAACCCAACCAACUCCAUUGUCACACGAUGGCGCAGAUGACGCGACAAACAGUUCGGUCGCAGAUCCGGAGGAGCGCACAGAGAGUGAAAUAUCAGAGAAGUCGGAAACAGGGAAUGGGGUAGAAGAGAGGGAUGCCGUCGCGCAAUUGCAUCCACAACGUCCCCAAGGGAGCCAACAUCUUGCCGAAGAUGACAUUACCGGCGAGAUCCUGGCUAUCAAAAUCACCAGGAGUGGUCACAUGUUUGCGACCAUAACACGGUCAACAUUGACCAUUUGGCAAACCAAGGCAUGUCUUCAAAGCUAUGCGCCCACCCAAUUGCUAAUGCGCGACCAGCCGACAACCGUCCUUGCUUCCGUCCUCCGCUCUGAUAAAUCAUUGAGACAGUACGGUCCGAAUGUGAACAUCCUCCUUCGUCCAGACUCGCAGAUCUUUGUCGUGCAGACCACACUCGGGCAUCUGAUCACGUAUUCUACCGCCACCGAUCCCUCAUCGCGCGUGUAUAAGGCACAAUUCGUGCAUACUAGCGUCGGACAUGCUCGAAACAAAAGCUCCGUGAGCGGCUUCAAGAUACCCAGGCAACAUGACCCCAAUGCCGGACCAGGCGAGGGCAGCGGCAUCAAGGAAACCGACCUCAAGUUCCGCAUGGUGAUAAGAGUUGAUGCUGGCAUUGAUCGGGUGCUUGCGCUCGACGAUGAGCUCAUUGUGGCUACGACGAAACCGGCCGCGGUUCAGUGCAUCAAAUGGGCUCCGGAUAGCAGCGGGAGCCAGACGAACACUGAGCUCCUAAGUCGGAUGACUUGGUUGAACAAGAAUGUGGCCUUGAUUGACAUGACCCAUGACCGGCCCAUGAAUCUAUCUGCAUGGAUUACGAGCGAUGGCAAGGCGUACGCUGUACAAAGGCUUCCACCGAAUACCUUGCAAGACGGCAAGUCGCACCCUAAGCUUUUCCGUGGUCAUGCAUUCCACAGUCCUGAGAAGGAUGAUGAAUUCGGUGUCAAGGCAGCCAUCAAUGCACGCUUCUCAUUGCUAGCGGUAGGCUGCAAGAAUGGAGAGAUACAUGUGUAUACAGCAAAAGAUUACAAGGGCGAUAUACCACUUUCGCAUAAGCUGAUACCGAAUGCAACGAGUACCGGAAAACUGACCGUGUUGGCCUACUCUCCGGACGGAUACUGCCUCUUUGCUGGCUACGAGAAUGGGUGGGCUAUGUGGAGUGUGUAUGGAAAGCCCGGUGCUACGAGCUUUACCACUAACAGAACCUUGUCCGAAGCGAAUGAUGAGGGAUGGCUGCUCGGUAUCAGAGACGCUUUCUGGAUUGGCGGUGGAGCUGAGCUCUUGCUGUUAGGGAACAACGACAACCGACUUUUCGUGCUCGAAAUGGCUCGUAGCGCAGUCACUGGGUGCUUUUCUUCCGCUAAUGUGUCGCGAUCUUUGAUGCAAACCAGCAAGGGCUUCAUGAUGUAUCGCGGUUACGAAUUGCCAGACCUCACAACCAUUUCUUCUGAUGUCUCACUGUGGCAUCACGUUCAAGUCCCUUCUCACUAUCUCAUCGACCAGUGGCCGAUUCGAUGCGCGGUCAUCUCGAAUGAUGGCAGAUACGUUGCUGUUGCUGGAAAAAGAGGACUUGCUCAUUACAGCGUGAACAGCGGACGGUGGAAGACAUUUGACGAUCCGUUCGUCGAGAAUGAAUUUACCGUUCGUGGAGGCAUGUGCUGGUUUCAGCACGUCCUUAUCGCAGCCGUUGAAGCGCAAGACUCACAUCAAAUUCGCAUCUACUCCCGCGAGCAGGCUCUCGACAACGAUCAUAUCAUGCACAUUCAAUAUCUACCUGCACCUAUUGUACUAAUUGCGCCUUCAGGCGAAGAUUCACUUCUAGUCUAUACUUACGAGAACAUUCUAUAUCACUAUGUAAUUGGCGUUACGAACGCCACAGUCACCUUGGUCCAAGUUGGCCAGAUAGCUUUGCACGGCAUUAUACGUGCACCGCCACGAGUGCGUGCGCUUAGUUGGAUCCUGCCAGAGGAUCAAAUUCACAACGGCGAUCCAUCCCAAGACGUAGCUGUGGCGACCAUUUUAUUUGCCGUAGACGGUAAGCUCGUCCUCCUCCAACCCACCACCACGGAAGGCGGCGAACUCAAAUACGAGAUGCGCAUCAUUGCUCAGAAUGUCGAAACGUACGCACUCAUGCGCGAUCACCCGGCGUUCGCGCUAGCUAUGCAAGACGACUCUUUACCGCCUAGCCCAUCUGCAGGGCUGACGAUCAACGGUGUGCAUGGCCACGAUCUGCGCGACAGCUUAUGGUUCUUCGAUGGUCAUGAUGUCAAAGUUUGGAUCGACAUACAGGACGUACUGAGGACUGUGAGUGCAGAACUGGGUAGGGAAUUACCUACGCCCGUGAAGAUACCAGUGGACUUUUACCCGCUGGCCAGCCUGAUCAACAAGGCUAUCAUCUUCGGUGUGGAAAGCGAAUUGGUGCAAAGAAGAGACACGAGUUUCGCGUAUCUUCGCUUCGGAACGAGAAUGCACCUCUUCCUUCCAGCGCUGCUCAGACACCACCUCGCGCAGUACAACCACCCCGCUGCGCUCCACUUGAGCCACCACUACCAGCAUCUCCUGUACUUCCCGCACGCCCUCGAGAUCCUCCUCCACGAAAUUCUAGACGAGGAAGUAGACUCCCAGCCCGCUGCUGAGCACGCUCUACUCCCCUCCGUGCUGUCGUUUUUGUCCAGCUUCCCCCAUUACCUCGACAUCGUCGUGCAAUGUACCCGCAAAACAGAGCUACGCUCAUGGCGGACGCUCUUCUCCCAUCUCCCUCCCCCAGAAGACCUGUUUGAGGAGACCCUGCAGAAGGGGAGUCUAAAGACCGCGGGCGGGUAUUUGCUCGUGCUGCAUACAUUCGAGGAGUUGAGGACGGAGGGCGACCAAGUUGUCCGCCUCCUCCAGCGCGCAAAGGAGGAGGGCGACUGGGAGCUCUGCAAAGAACUCGCGCGCUUCCUUAUGGCGCUGGAUGAGUCGGGGGCUACGUUGCGGAAGACGUUGGAGCUCGUGGACCUCAAGUCUCCUGGGGCGGAGGUCGGGACGCCUGCGUUUACGUUCGAUAUGACGAGGCUCAGCGUGCCCAGGAGGGGGCGGCGCACGAACGGGGCGGUGGGAAUGGGCAUUUCUAUGGAGGAAGCGGAGAGUAGUGGGGAGAGUAGUGCGAGUAGAAGCCCAACGAGUGCGGUUAGUCCGGGGAGAGCGCGGGUGGGCACGGGGGCUAUUUCGAUGUUGUGCCUGGGGAUGGACGAUGAUGUAGAUGUUGUUCGCAAUGCGAAUCUUCUUUUUGGACGUAGUAUGCUGAGCGGAGGAUGCGUUUGUCGUGCUUAG